UAUUACCAUGCACGUCAUUCAAAACAAUCUAAAUUACAGUUCCUGAUAAAUAGGUACAAAAAUAUACACACGUAAAUGGCGAGGGCUACGAGAAUAGCUCUAGAUCUGGCGUUGGCUACGAGCAAGGCCGCCAGGCCUGCACUAGCGACUGCAUGGCAGUAUGCAAAAACAGAAGUUGCGCCGCCUAUGACCCUUGGCUUCUUCCAUGGACCAGGAGGAAAAAAGCUAGAGCAAACUGUUGCUAGCAAAGUCGAUGGUUUCAUUUCUGGCUUACAGCAAAGAAUUAAAGAUAUCGAUGAUGAAGAAAUUAGGGUGAAAAAGGAAAAAGAAGCGGCGAUCAAAGCAGCACAAGACAAGGCCAAAGCUGCAGCUAAGGCUAAGGAAGAAGAAAGAAAGAAAGCUGAGGAACAACAGCGCAAAGAAGCUGAAAAGGCAGCUAAGGCUAAAGCUGACGCAAAGGCUAAAGAUGAAGCGAAAAAAGCAGAUACAAAGAAACCAGAUCCACCCAAGAAACCAGCCAAAAAAGACCCCCCUAAGAAAAAAGACCCACCAAAAGCGGCUAAGAAGUAAAAGAGUGUUUGUUAUGUGGACGUAUUUCUGUAUUUUAUAAAU